UGACAGUGGGAGAUACUGGGAGCCGCACACUGCGUACGGGCUAAUCCUUUAAUCACAGCCCUGGCGCUCACCGCCGGCACACGGGGCCGAGGGCACCACUAGGGCUGGAGUUGGCAAGAUGGCGGCGCCCAUGAGAAAUGUCAUCCGCUGCUGCUUACCUGCUGCUCUGUUCUUAAGGAAGAGUGUCAGGCCUAGGUGCCAGCGCUGCUAUUACACACAGAGCUCCGGCAAGGAGACUCAUUUCGGCUUCCAGACUGUGCCUGAAGAGGAGAAGGGAGAGAGAGUGUACCGUGUAUUUGAGAGCGUUGCUCAGAAAUAUGAUGUAAUGAAUGACUCCAUGAGCCUAGGCGUUCAUCGGCUGUGGAAGGACUGGCUGGUACGCCUCAUGAACCCAACACCGGGGACUCAGCUACUAGAUGUAGCAGGAGGAACAGGAGAUGUUGCUUUUCGUUUUGUUAAUUAUAUCCGUGCACAAAGGGAAAAACUAAUACGUAGUGAGCUGAAAUGGCAGCAGAAUCUGUCUUGGUCAGACAUCUCAAAGUCUUAUAGCCAGGAGCAGCAAGGAUCAUUGAUGGGUUCUCAGGCUGUUGUCUGUGACAUAAACAAGGAGAUGCUGAAGGUUGGGAAGCAGAGGUCAUUACAGCUAGGUUAUUCUGAAGGGCUAUCAUGGGUAGCCGGUGAUGCAGAAGAGCUGCCCUUUGCUGAUGAGAAAUUCGAUAUUUAUACCAUUGCAUUUGGGAUCCGAAAUGUAACCCAUAUAGACAAGGCUCUUGAAGAAGCAUAUCGUGUGUUAAAGCCAGGGGGAAGAUUCUUAUGCCUGGAAUUUAGUCAAGUCAACAACCCACUUGUAUCCAGGCUUUAUGACCUGUAUAGUUUCCAGGUUAUACCAGUGCUUGGAGAAGUCAUUGCUGGAGACUGGAAAUCAUACCAAUACCUAGUGGAGAGCAUCAGGCGCUUCCCUCCUCAGGAGGAGUUUAAAGAGAUGAUUGAAGAUGCUGGAUUUUUCAAGGUCAACUAUCACAACCUGACCUCUGGUGUUGUUGCAGUCCACUCAGGCUUCAAAUUGUGAUAAAAACAAAAAAAGUGAAGCACUUUUAUUAUUAUGGACAACUGCUGACCUGAUAUGACAUGCGGUUUGUUUUUGUGAAUACAUGCUGUAAUUUAUAUUUUUAUUAAAUAAAUUUUCCUUUCAAAAUA